AUGGCUUAAGUACAAAGAGCCUCAACCACGGCAGUUGAGAUUCCAUUCGACUUGAACAAGAUUUUCAGCUUGACCUAUGAGUUCUAGCCCCUCAAAGAAGUUUUAGAGUAUAUAUUCGGGCAACUUAAAAAGAAUGAGGACAGGAUCCAUCAGGUCGAUACCAAGCUUGUUUCAAAACUUUUAAUGCUUGAUAAGUUAAAAAAUGAUGGUGAAGACUUUAAAACUUAAUUUAAGCAGAUUAGAGAUAUUUGCAAAGAACUGGAACAAAAGAGUGUCAACGUAGAUCAAGAUGUAUUCACUAUGAAAACUGACAUAGAAGCUUGCAAGAUGAAUCUAUCACUUUUGAUCAGAUAAAUGAGUUCCAUUCCGGGUCGAGUUUAUGAAGUCGAGGAUAAAUUAGACGAAUUCAGCAAAAGAAUGGAUGAAAUGAACAAGAAGAUUGAAGAAAAUAGCAGCAAUGCUGCUGUAAGUUAAGUCGUUUCUGAUGGUGGUUUUGAUAUUAAUGCUUUGACCAAUCUUUUGAAAGAAUACUUUAAGAAAAGCGAGGGUGAAAGUUUGAUAUCAAGAGUUGAAAAGCUUGAAAAAGAGCAAAAAAGUCUCUAAGAUAGUUAAGAGGCUACUGAUAAUAAAUUGACUAGACAAACUAAAAAACAUAAGAAAUGGAGACCAAAGUGGGUUUAAAUGCAGAAAGAUAUUGAAGACCUUAAAAAAUUACUCAAAGAUAAGGUUGAUAAUUCAUUUUUCUAAGAAGAAUUUGACAAAUUGAAAAAUCUAAUUAAUUAACUUGCUUCCUCUGGUAAAGAUAUUUAGCUGCCAUUGAUUCCAACUGGUCCCCAACUUUCUUCAAAAGAAAUAGCGGAGUUAAAGGAACUUAUCCAAAAAGUUGAAAAGCUGGAGGAUAAGACUAAGAACCUUGAUGUAGAAAAGAUAAUGAGUUCUAUCCAUUUACUCUAAGUGGAAGUUUCAGAAAAAGCUGAUAAAAACAAAACUGAAAAGGAUAUUAAGGAUAUUUACGCUAAAUUGGAGCAGAUGCAUAAGGAUAUGAUAAAAUUCCAAGAGAGCUUGAAAGAAUGCAUUAGCAAACUAGCCUUUUUAGAAUAAAAUUCUAAUAGAGAUACUGGUUCCAAAGUUGUCCAAAGUGUGGGAGUAUCUGAACAGGAAUUUAAGAAACUAGUUGAUAGAGUCGAUAAACUUGAGUAACUUCUUCAAGAAUACUUGAAGUCAUCUAAGACUGUUGAAAUGGCAUCAUCUGAUAAUAUUAGUGAUUAGGCUCUAAAAGACAUAAUGAGCAAGCUUCAGGAUUUACAAAAACAAAUUGAAAAUUUAAGAAACGAAUUCUCUAAAUGGAUAAAGGAAAUGCAAGAUGGCCUAAACAAGAAAGCAGAUAUUGAUGCAUUAAAUAACUUAGAAAAGUUGAUUCUAGAAAAGAUUAAUGAAGUGGUAAGAGCAUUUACUAAAUAGUUUGCUGAUAAAAAUGAUACCAAGAAAGCAAUCAAACUUCUUGAAAGAUAGAUUAAGAAUCUAUUUGACAUAAUCAUGCAAAAUAAUGCUGGUUAGAGUCAUCAUGAUCAUGAAGACGAUGCAAUGUUUACUAAGAAGCCUUUAGGAGGAAUGUCAUGCGCUUCUUGUGAAAAAGACAUUAUCAAUCUCCAAGGGAAGAAAGUUAACUAUUACCCAUGGAGUAAAUUGCCUAAUAGAGAUCCUUCAGAAAGAAUUGCAAGAGUUGGACAAGGAUUUUCGAAGAUGUUGUCAAUGAUUAAUCCUGAUGUUUUGAAUAAGCAAUAAGAAAACCCCUCAAAUUCAAAGAACAGAUAUAAGACAAUCAUAAAUGCCAACAGAGCAACAAACUAGCUCUAUUCUAGUCAAGGAAUGAGAGGAGUGAAGAAUUUCAAUCAUCUAUCUUAGGAAAACUUUUAUCAGCAUGACGAAGGUCAAGAUUCUAUGCCUGAUAUGGGCUAAUUGAAGCCAACAAUCGCUGCUGAUGGAACUAUUGGCAUGAAGACUACCACUAAUUUUUACAAAUCCCAGAAUAUUGAGGAUUUAUCAAAAAGACCAGGAAGUGCUAGUUUGAUUCCGAAACCAAAGAUUACAAACAAAUUUAUUAAGAAUCAAAAUUCUUCUGGAAAGAAGAAUAACAAUAACUAAUGA